AAAGCUGCUCACUAAGCAUGCCGACAGCCAACAUUUUCGCCCGCCGCUCUUCAGUUUGCUCCCCCUCACUGCCACCGACCACGCCAGGAUUGUCAACCCCGCAGAAUAAGUGCUUGUCGCGCAGUGCUAGAAGGAGCGCCGAGCUCUUCUAAUCCUUGGGAGCUGUUAUCCGGGCUUUUGUCCCUUUUCUGUGAAUCAACUUUCGUCGUACCAACUGCCGCCUUUGUAUCCACUCUCGAUGUCUGACACUCAACCACCUCAAGGCCCCGGGUCACAAGGACCAAAGCGUGGUGGUCGUCGCGGACGAGGAAGAGGAGCAGGCCAACCUUCGGGGAAGGUUGAGAACUCGCAACAGUCGACCGAUAGUGCCGGGAGAGGCUCAAAGCCCAGGGGUAGUGGACCCCGCAGAGGAGGGGGUCGAGAUAAGCAGAACCGCAGCGCCCCUAGCAAAGAGCCCGCACCGAAGACCAGUGGACAGCCAUCUCAAGUGCCGGCUACGGGGACAGAAGACAAGGGCAAGCAGGCGGCGCCGACAGAUGACGCCGAUGAAGGGGAGGUCUGCUUCAUUUGUGCGUCAAAUGUCGAACAUACUUCCGUUUCGCCGUGUAAUCACCGCACUUGCCAUAUCUGCGCGCUGAGACUUCGGGCGUUGUAUAAGAACAAAGCUUGUGCGCAUUGUCGGACUGAAUCGAGCCACGUGAUCUUUACGAACGACCAUGUGAAGCGUUUCGAAGACUUUACGGACUCGGAUUUCUCUCAGAAAGACGAUAACCUCGGAAUCAAGUAUGAAAACAACGAGAUCUUUGAGGACACGGUACUCUUGCUACGAUACAAUUGUCCGGACACAGAUUGCGAUGUGGCUUGCUUAGGAUGGCCCGACCUGCAUCGCCAUGUUAAAAGCAAGCAUGGCAAGGUAAUGUGUGAUCUUUGUACGCGAAACAAGAAAGUGUUCACCCAUGAGCACGAAUUGUUCACUGUGGCAGAGUUGCGGAAACACGAAAAGUACGGAGAUCACGUUCCCGGAGCUAUUGAGCAGAGCGGUUUCAAAGGCCAUCCCGAGUGUGGUUUCUGCCGUCAACGAUUCUAUGGUGACGAUGAACUAUAUGCUCACUGCCGCGACCGUCAUGAAAGGUGCCACAUUUGUGAUAGACGGUCUGUCAAUCGUCAACAACAGUAUUAUAUUGAUUAUAAUGCGCUCGAGGAUCACUUCCAGAAGGACCAUUUCCUUUGCCUUGAUAAGGAGUGCUUGGAAAAGAAGUUUGUCGUUUUCGAAUCUGAAAUGGACAUGAAGGCCCAUCAAUUGGAGUGCCAUCCAAACGGUCUCUCCAAGGACGCGAGACGCGAUGCACGAACUGUGGAUCUGUCAGCUUUUGACUAUAGGACACCCUAUCAACCUCAAAGACAACGGCGUGGCGCUGGACGUGGGCGCGAUCCAAAUGCAGAGCCUCUUCCAGUUUCCUCUGCACAAUCAUUAAGACGAGAUGAAAUCGCCUACCAGCGACAGGUGGCCAUUCAGAGUGCGCAGUCUGUAUCAACCCGCAGCUUUGGAGGACAAUUGACUCGCAAUGAUACUCAAACCGUGCACGCUCCCGCACGCGCUUCAGCCGCUCGAACACCCCCAGCUGCGUCUACUCCUGUGCCAGAACUACAAGAUCUCAGCCUCAGUCAAGAUUCUGGGUCUGCUACACCUCAGGAGCAGGCACGCCGUCUGCGUCAUGCGGCCGUUAUUGAACGUGCCUCUAACCUCCUUGGCAAUGACCGAAACAAACUAAAUGAAUUCCGCUCCAGAGUGUCUACCUAUCAAAAGUCUUCCCUAUCCGCCACUGAACUCAUCGACUCCUUUUUUUCCCUUUUCGACACAUCCACCACUGAGCUAGGCAAGCUCGUCAAGGAACUCGCAGAGAUUUACGAGGAGGAUUCCAAACGUACCGCACUAUUGAAAGCGUGGAAUGACUGGCGCGCAAUCAAUGAAGAUUAUCCAGCCCUGCCAGGUCCUGGUGGCAUCCUGCCAGGCAUGUCUCCCAGUACCGUGAACGGCAGCGGUGCUGGAGGCAAACGCGUCCUUCGACUGAAAUCCUCAACCGCUCAGUCCUCCCGCUCUGCUGUCGGCAGGAGUGGCGCCCUUCCCUCAGGCUCAUAUUCAAGCAACCCCUUCCCACCCCUCUCCUCUACCGUCUCAAAAAAGCCAUCCUCCACCAACUCCAAUACCCCCUGGGCCACAGCGGCCCCUACAUCUUACUCCGGUCCAUCCUCCCGCCCUGUCACUACAUCUAGAAACCCCUCCCGUCCCGCGAACACAAGCAGCGCCGAUGCCUUCCCCGCUCUCCCUGCCGCCCCUAAACCAAACGUUCUCAUGGCUGGUCUCACCCGCGGUACAGUCCGGGUCCGUUGGGAUGGUCGGGACGCCCCGUCCACAAAUGCCUGGGCCUCGGGCGGAUCGGGAGCCAGUACACCUGGCGAACCGGAUUCCGAUUUCGGGGAGCCGUCUGCAGGCGGUGGUAAGAAGGGUAAAGGGAAGAAGGGAAAACAAACUCUUUUUCAUUUUGGUUAGGAGGCAUGACUACUAUCUGUCCGUGUAGUCGAUAUUUAUGGCUUUGUGCUAUUUAGCUUCUGUUAUUCAAGCGAGUCAUAAUAGAUCAGUUAGACGCAAUAUUAAAUAAAAGUGUUCAAGAAGUGAUAUUGAUCUGGAUGUAAAAUCGGGCUGCCCAAGCUAAUUUUCCCCGGACUUGUGUCUAUGUAGAG